CGACGGGCCAAUGAGAGACAGAGGAGGGCGGAAGCUUGCCCGCCCCCCCCCACUCUAGGCUUGGUUGAGCCGUGCAGAUCUUCCCACUUCCUUAUCCGCGGUAACUGAAGGAAUUACUUAGUCUCUUCCUGCUUAUUUCUGAGUCUCGUCUGAACUAUUCCUGACACUAUGAAUGCUAUUUGGAUGCCUCUUAAGUCUGUUCUCAGGGGAGGCAGCAAGGGGCCGUGGAGCUGGCCUCAGCACUGGGAGAGGCUGGACUUCCUGUCUCUCUGUGCUGAAUGGCUGCGAUGGCGCCCGCUCUCACUGACGCAGCAGCUGAAGCACACCACAUCCGGUUCAAACUGGCUCCCCCAUCCUCCACCUUGUCCCCUGGCAGUGCCGAAAAUAACGGCAACGCCAAUAUCCUUAUAUCUGCCAACGGAACCAAAAGAAAAGCCAUUGCUGCAGAGGAUUCCGGUCUAGACUUCCGAAAUAAUCCUACCAAGGAAGACUUGGGAAAGCUGCAACCAUUGGUGGCAUCUUAUCUCUGCUCUGAUGUAACAUCUGUUCCGGCAAAGGAGUCUUUGAAAUUACAAGGAGUUUUCAGCAAGCAGACAGUCCUUAAAUCUCAUCCUCUUUUAUCUCAGUCCUAUGAACUCCGAGCUGAGCUGUUGGGGAGACAGCCAGUUUUGGAGUUUUCCUUAGAAAAUCUUAGAACCAUGAAUCCAAGUGGUCAGACAGCUCUGCCGCAAGCGCCUGUGAACGGGCUGGCUAAGAAAUUGACUAAAAGUUCAGCACAUUCGGAUCAUGACAAUUCCAGUUCCCUCAAUGGGGGAAGACGGUCCCUCACUUCAUCUGCUCUGCAGGGAGGUGAAGUGGGAGGAUCUGACUCUGGGAACUUGAAGGGGGGUAUGACCAAUUGCACUCUUCCACAUAGAAGCCUUGAUAUAGAACACACAACUCUAUAUAGCAAUAAUAGCACUGCAAACAAAUCUUCUGUUAAUUCCAUGGAGCAGCCGGCACUUCAAGGAAGCAGUAGGUUAUCACCUAGUACAGACUCCAGUUCUAACUUGACAAAUGUUAAGUUAGAAGUCAAAAAGUCUCCUCUGUCUUCCAUUCUUCUCAGUGCUUUAGACUCUGACACAAGGAUAACAGCUUUACUGAGGCGGCAGGCUGAUAUUGAGAUCCGUGCCCGCAGGUUACAGAAACGAUUACAGGUUGUGCAAGCCAAGCAAGUGGAGAGGCAUUUACAGCACCAACUGGGUGGAUUUUUGGAAAAGACAUUGAGUAAACUGCCAAACUUGGAAUCCUUGAGGUCUCGGAGCCAGUUGAUGUUGACCCGAAAGGCUGAAGCUGCCUUGAGAAAAGCUGCCAGUGAGACUGCCACUUCAGAGGGACUUAGCAACUUCUUGAAAAGUGAUUCAAUUUCAGAAGAAUUGGAGAGAUUUACAGCUAGUGGCAUAGCCAAUCUGAGGUGCAGUGAGCAAGCAUUUGAUUCAGAUGUCACGGACAGUAGUUCAGGAGGGGAGUCUGAUAUUGAAGAGGAAGAACUGACUCGAGCUGAUCCUGAGCAAUGCCAUGUACCCCUGAAACGCAGAUCUGAGUGGAGAUGGGCUGCAGACCGAGCAGCUAUUGUCAGCCGCUGGAACUGGCUUCAGGCCCAUGUUUCUGACUUGGAAUAUCGAAUUCGUCAGCAAACGGAUAUUUAUAAACAGAUACGUGCUAAUAAGGGGUUGAUAGUCCUUGGGGAGGCACCUUUCCCAGACCAUACAACAGACUUAUUUUCACUUAGUUCUGAGGUGAAGACAGAUCAUGGGACUGAUAAAUUGAUUGAGUCUGUUUCUCAGCCUUCAGAAAACCAUGGUAUUCCUGUUAGUCAUAUUUCAGAGUCCUUGUCUACCAAAUCAUGUGGAGCACUGAGACCUGUCAAUGGAGUUGUUAACAGUCUUCAGCCUGUCCUGGCAGACCAUGUUCCAGGUGACAGUUCUGAUGCUGAGGAACAAUUACAUAAAAAGCAGCGGCUGAAUUUAGUUUCUUCAUCGUCUGAUGGCACCUGUGUGGCCGCCCGAACUCGUCCUGUACUGAGCUGUAAGAAACGGCGCCUUGUUAGGCCCAGCAGCGUUGUUCCUCUUUCUAAGAAGGUUUACCGGAAUAGCACCACCCGCUCUGGCUGUGAUGUCAAUCCCUCUUGUGCUCUGUGUGGUUCAGGCAGUAUAAACACCAUGCCUCCUGCAAUUCACUAUGAAGCCCCCCUGUUGGAGCGUCUUUCUCAGUUGGACUCUUGUGUUCACCCUGUUCUAGCAUUUCCAGAUGAUGUUCCCACAAGCCUGCACUUCCAGAGCAUGCUGAAGUCUCAGUGGCAAAACAAGCCUUUUGACAAGAUCAAACCUACCAAAAAGUUUUCACUUAAGCACAGAGCACCCAUGCCAUGCAGUCUGUCGGAUCCAGUUCGUAAAGACAGGCAUAAGUUGGUCAACUCUUUCCUUACAACAGCCAAGCUGUCCCAUCACCAAACCCGGCCUGACAGGACCCACAGGCAGCACUUAGACGAUGUGGGGGCUGUGCCCAUGGUGGAGCGAGUGACAGCUCCCAAAGCAGAGCGCUUGCUCAGUCUACCGCCACCUGUCCAUGACCCAAACCACAGCAAAAUGAGAUUGCGAGACCAUUCAUCUGAGAGAAGUGAAGUGUUGAAGCAUCACACAGACAUGAGCAGUUCGAGCUACUUGACAACUACUCACCAUCCACCACACAGCCCCCUGGUGAGACAGCUCUCCACCUCAUCAGACACCUCCACACCCACCAGCUCUAGCUCACAAGUUGCAGCCAGCACAUCUCAGCCAGUGAGGAGGAGAAGGGGAGAGAGCUCAUUCGAUAUUAACAACAUUGUCAUCCCGAUGUCUGUUGCUGCAACAACUCGUGUUGAGAAACUGCAAUACAAAGAAAUCCUUACUCCAAGCUGGCGAGAGGUUGAUCUUCAGUCUCUGAAGGGGAGUCCUGAUGAAGAGAAUGAGGAGAUCGAGGACCUAUCUGAUGCAGCCUUUGCCGCCCUGCAUGCCAAAUGUGAGGAGAUGGAGAGGGCAAGGUGGCUGUGGACCACAAGUGUGCCACCCCAGCGUCGGGGCAGCAGGUCUUACAGGUCAUCAGACGGCCGGACCACCCCGCAGUUGGGCAGUGCCAACCCCUCCACCCCUCAGCCUGCCUCUCCUGAUGUCAGUAGUAGCCACUCUCUGUCAGAGUUCUCCCACGGUCAGUCUCCUAGGAGUCCCAUUAGCCCAGAACUGCACUCAGCCCCCCUUACCCCCGUGGCUCGGGACAGUCUGCGACACUUGGCCAAUGAAGACACCCGUUGCUCCACACCAGAGCUUGGGCUAGAUGAACAGUCUGUCCAACCGUGGGAGCGGCGGACCUUCCCUCUGGCUUACAGUCCCCAGGCAGAAUGUGAGGAGCAGCUGGAUGCACAGGACAUAGCAGCCCGCUGCACUCGCCGCACCUCAGGCAGCAAGACUGGUCGGGAGACAGAGGUGGCACCCACCUCGCCUCCUGUUGUCCCCCUCAAGAGUCGGCAUCUGGCAGCAACAGUUGCAGCUCAGCGCCCAACUCACAGAUGAGCGGGAAAUGAGACUCUAUACAGACUCACUACUAUUGGCAUUAAAGCUUCAGAAAUCUCUGCGUUUGAUAUUCAAACAUCAUAUGCUGGAAUUUUCACAGUUUUUAGUGAAUUUAAGGAAUUUAGAUCCUCCUUUGGUUGGUUUGGUUUUUGUUGUUUCUGUUUUCUUGUUUUGUUUUCAUGUCACACCUGAGCACUUCCUCCAGUUAGCAGACAAGUUCAGGAAGAGACCCUGCUGGCCUGGUCCUGCAUAUCCUCUGCACUGUUGGAUCACUGGACUUCCCAAUAUUAGAUGAUCACCCUCUCUCUCUUUUGCACCUGUGCGAUAGGGUACACCAGCCAGAUGGCAACAGCUGGAAAGCUCCAAGUCAGCACAGCCUCCUUAGGUUAGGGCGGAUAGAGCAAGAGCAGUCUGGGCUCUCUAUCUUAGCUUUCCCCUCAGUCUGUGGCUUGGCUCUAGCUGGGCACCCUCCUUGGUCUUCUGUGCUAUAGCACCCUUGCAGCCAGCUUCUUUGCUCUGUUGGUCAGUUCUCACUGAGCUCUGGGCCAGCAGUGCGGCUAGCUUUUCCUUGUCACCUGGACCUUGAAGACCUGUUUUCAGUUUCAUCUGCAUUUGGUCAUCCGCCUUGGCUCCUUGACUGCAGGACCCUGCUGCAGCUGCUCAGGUCAACCCUGUUGUACCCUUCAUCUUCCUCCCAUCCAUUCACACAGACACGUUAGUCCUUCCGCUCAGCAUCUAUGACGAUAGGGUUUGGAUUGCUUAACCCUUCCCACUCCCCUACAGUCUAGGAAGUCUGUGGAAUACACAGCAUCACUUCUGUAUCAUGUCUUCACUGAGUCACACAUCAUGUUUCCUUCACGUCCCUGUCAGACAGUCACUUAGACUCUCCCUCCUCUCCACUCCCCUUGCCUGUGGAACACUGUCUGGUCCUAGCUGUGGUUUCCAUUGUUCCCCACCAACCUCCUGUUAGCCUUGUGCCUGUCUCAUGUAUAAUCACAUCACCAAAAAAGGGGAG